UGGACCCAAUAUGGGAUCGAUACACCCACUUUCAAGUCACCAUGUGCAUACUCAUUCAUAGUUUUUGACGUCUAGCUUCCUCGGAAUUCCUAUAAAUAGCAUUUCAAGAUCUUUGUAGUUACUCAAACUUUCCUAAAAUGGCUUCUCAGAAAGUUGUUCUUAAUGUUUUCUUUGUCUUCUUUUGCAUUGGCAUUUGCUCAGCCACCAGAUCACUUUUCAGUUAUGAGAGUAUCGGUGGUGGUGGAGGAGGAGGUAGUGGUAGUGGUGGUGGUGGAGGUGGACAUGUAGGGCCAGGAUAUGGCUCGUAUGGAGGUGGUGGUCAGGGUUCCGGGAGUGGUAGUGGUAGUGGGUAUGGAGGAGGAGGUGAACAUGGUGGAGGAUAUGGUGGCGGUGGCGGUGGGGGCCAAGGUGGUGGAGGUGGAUAUGCUGGUGGUGGUGGGUAUGAUCAUGUUCCUAGUUAUGGAGGUGGUGGUGGUACGGGAAGUGGUUCAGGGUAUGGUGGGUAUGGAGAACAUGGUAGCGGGUAUGGAGGUGGAGGUGGUGGAGGGAGUGGCGGUGGUAGUGGUGGGUACUAUGGGGCUGGUGGGGAGCAUGCAGGAGGUUACGGUGGAGGUGCGGGGAGUGGUAGCGGUGGUGGGUAUGGAGCCGGUGGGGAGAAUGGUCAUGGGUACGGUGGUGGAGGUGGACAGGGAGGUGGUGGUGGUGGAGGAUCAGGAGGUGGUGGAGGACCAGGAGGUGGUGGCGCAGGUGGAUAUGGAAGUGGCGGUGGAGAAGGUGGCGGUGCAGGAGGAGCAUACGGUGGUGCAUAUGGUAGUGGUGGAGGUGGUGGGGGAGGAGGUGGUGGAGGAGGAGGAGGAGGUGGUGGUGAACAUGGAGGUGGAUACGGUGGUGGUGGUGGAAAUGGGGCUGGUGGUGGUCAUGGUGGCUAUCUUCCAUGAAAGCCCAGUUCUGUCAUAUUUACAUGGUUUCUAAUUAUCCUAAAAGAUUAUUGAUAUAAUUCAAUGUUGGGUUGUAUUAUGCUCAUUUCUCAAAUUAAUUCAAAUUAAUAUUCAGAUUAA